AUGAGUGAUAAAAACAAUGAUAAUUUCAGCUUUGUUUAUCAUCGUAACACCGACAUUGUGACUCUGAUACAACGACGCAGCAUUUUUGCUGCAAACCGUCUUGAAACUCAAUUUUUACUUCAUCAGAACCAUUUAUAUUUGAUGCAUACCUCGUUUUCUUCGAUAAAUCGACGAUCUCACGUGCAUUUUUCCAAUUCGCGUUCUUUAUUCAAAUGUCCAUCGAAAGAUCAUGAUCGAAAAACAAUAAUGAACACUAUAACUAUCUUCAUUAGUAUCUUCUUUCUCAAAAAAAACGUUUUCUUCACGUCUGAACUACCUGCAUACUAA